GAUCCUAUGAUUCAUUAUUCGGAGUAAAGUUAAGCAAUGUUGAAGAAGUUUCGAUGCUAUCAUAUUGAAUUAAAUAAAGAUACAAAUGCGUAAAAUAAGAUACAACCAGACGAAUGAGCAAGUACUCUACUAUUCUUUAUCUCGUAGGAUAUUAUCUGAUUAGAUAAAGAGAGGCUUGGUAUUCUCCAUGAAUAAUCGUUUAACAGGUUAAAACGUUGUUCCUAUUUCAUUUAUUCUUCUUCAUCGCGUGAAAGGUGUGUUAUUAACCAAAACUGGCGUCAAAAUGGUGUCCGUCGAAACAAUUGCAUCUAUUACGAUAAAAAUUCUUAAAUUGGUGAUAAAUUUAAUUAUUCUUAUCCUGUAUCGUACCGGAUACGCCGGAGAAUUUUUGGGAAUCGGUGGAAAAUGGAAUCUAAACGAGGAUAAAAAUCCUGACGUCGAGAUCGUCGGGUCAGGUGUUUUUGUUGGAUUCUUUUUGUACACCGGUGUAGUUUUAAUUACUUUUUGUUUUGGCACGACCAAUCACAAAAAAAGUCUCGUGGAUAUUAUUAUGAACUUCCUUGGACUUUGUAUGUUCCUCGCUGUUGGUGGCACAGCUUUACAUUAUUGGCAUGGAUAUCAACCAGAACAUAAAUUUGAAUAUUUAGUACCAGAAAGAGAGGUCGGAUUGGCACUUGGUUCACUGUGUAUUAUAGAAGGAGUAUUAUAUCUUACGGACUUAUUAUUAAGUAUCCGACAUUUGACAAAGGAGGAAUAUGAUUAAUGAUUUUUAUCAAAUAUUAUAACAAACGAAUGUUUUAUAUAUAAAACUAAUUCAUUCCAUAAUGAUACAUCAAAGACGAUUAAUCAUAUUGUCACAAAAUAAUUUUCACUCAUAUAUCGUUGUAUUAAAAUCGAGAAUCAUCGUUCAUUGAAAUAUUUUUGUUACAUUUAAUGACAAAUAAGACGAUUAUUAACAUAAAUAUAAUAAAGAUAAAAUUAAUUGUUAUUAAAUAAUUAAUACAACACGUA